AUGGACAAUUAUGAUGACGGUGCCAUGGAUAAUGGUGUAGUUGGUAGAAAUGCAAUUGACAAUGGUGCAUUUGAUAAAGAAGUAGUUGACAAGGGUGUAGUUGACAUCGAUGAACAUGGCAAGGACACUGAUGUGGUGGAUAAUGAUGUAAUUCAUAGCGAUGCAGUUGACAAUAUGUUUCUGUGGCAUAAUGUCUCAAGUGCCACAGCCACCUUUGCAAUGAUGUUUUCAUCAUCCAUAGCCGUCAUAGAAUACUACCUCCUGAACCGGUUCCCUAUACCAUAUGCUCUCUUUUUCACAUGUGUGGCAUUCAUUGCUGCAAUCGUUGGCCAGCUUGUUGCAAGGAAACUGAUAAACUGGUUAGGAAGGGCAUCAUUUAUCAUCUUUGUAUUGUCCUUCAUGAUCUUCAUUGGUGUGAUUCCUCUAGGUGGAGUCGGUAUCUUAAACAUGAAGCACAAGAUAGUGCGGCAUGAGUACAUGGGAUUUCAUGACAUUUGCAAGUUUGAUGCAUAG